AUGCAGAAAUCUGGCAACAGGAUGAGUUUGAUUGUGUUUAUGUUGGUGGUGUUCGAACUGACUCAGGUUUACUGCAGCGCCAUUCCUGCCGGGGAAAUAAAGCAACGAGUCCAUGAAAAGUCGCUGAGUAAUGAAGAACACGAGGUCAGAGGAGAGCACAACAACGAUUAUGAUCACGAUGCGUUUCUUGGUCACGAAGAUGCAGAGACUUUUGACCAGUUGUCUCCUGAAGAGAGCAAAAAACGACUGGCCUCAAUUGUCGACAAAAUUGACAAGAACAAGGAUGGGGAAAUUACUGAGCAAGAACUGAAGGAGAGGAUUCAGUACGUCCAGCACCGGUACAUCGUCACAGAUACAGAUCGCAUGUGGCGAGACCACGACCCAGACAGUGACAACACAUUGAGCUGGGAGUCAUACCAGAAACGAACCUUUGGAUAUAAUGAUGAACCUGUUGAAGGCUCCCCAACAUUUGAGUAUGCCACCAUGAUUAAGAGAGACAGACGAAGAUGGCUGAAUGCAGAUAAAAAUCAGGAUGGGGUUUUAAACAAGGAAGAAUUCACAGAUUUUCUUCACCCAGAGGAAGCCGAGCAUAUGAGGAGUAUUGUUGUAGAUGAAACCCUAGAAGAUAUUGAUAAGGAUGGAGAUGGUUACAUCAGCAUACAAGAAUACAUUGAUGAUAUUUGGGGAGACGAUGAAGAUGAUGAAGAUGAAGCCGAUGAUGACAAAGGAGAGCCUGAGUGGGUCAGGUCGGAGAGGGAACAGUUUGCAAACUUCCGAGACAAGAAUCAUGAUGGUAAACUUGAUAGAGAGGAGAUUGAAGAGUGGAUCAUUCCAGAAGAUUACGAUCAUAGCUCAGCCGAGGCAGCACAUCUCAUUCAAUCCUCAGAUGAGAACGGG